UUCUCACUGAGCACCGGUUGGUGGCGGUAUUGCACCAGUUCGACGUGUGCUAAGCGCCAGUGCAUUCAUCAUGAAGAAGAAGCCAAUAAGGAAAUGUUACACUGAACGCUUCCCAGGAUUUUCCUAGAAGAAGUUAAUGGAGCAGACAGAAACAUGGACAAGGUGGUAAACUGUUUCAAGAACAGACCAGAUGCUGUUGCCAGACUGAUCUGCUUUCCCUGGGCAGGUGGAGGGUCCAUACACUACGCUCGCUGGGGAAAUGUCCUCAGCAGCUCUGUUGAAGUGUUGGCUGUCAAACUUCCCGGCAGAGAGAGUCGAGCUAAAGAGCCAUUCUUUGAAAACAUGCAGCAGAUCGUGGAUGAAGUGAUUAGUGUGCUGUUGCCGCUGCUAAAGGAGAAGCCAUUCGCUCUGUUUGGCCACAGUUUCGGUGCCUUCACAAGCUUCGCUGUUGCAGACGCUCUGAAGAAAAUUCACAACAUGGAGCCAGUUCACAUCUUUCUGUCUGGUGCUUCUGCACCUUAUUCAGAGACUCGCAUUAAAACCCCAAAGAGAAGCGACUUGUCUGAUGAAGAUUUUCUGAAGUGGUUAAUUUCGAUUGGAGGGACUCCUCCUGAGCUGCUGGCGAACCCUGAAGUCCUCAAGCUCUUCCUUCCCGCCCUGAAGGCUGACCUGCACGUCGUGGAGAACUACAGAUGUAACAAGGCGAGCAGCCCGCUUUUCUCCUGCCCGGUCACGUGUUUCGAUGGGAAGGAUGACAUUCCUCAUGAUUUACAAGCUUGGAAAGACAUCACAUCAGGAGAUUUCACCAUAAAGAUGUUCCACGGAUCUCAUUUCUACCUGAAGGACUCUGGAAACGAAAAAAUUAUUUUGGACUACAUCACAAAACAUUUGGAAACCUCAGAAAUGGACUAUUUAUAAACAAAAUGACUUUUGUAAUUUUUCUACUAAUUUAUGGUGGUACUUAAUUGUGUUAACAGUGUAGCUUGUUAUGUUUUGACCGGCCCAGUCCCACGAGUAGUACAGUGAAUUCAGUAACUAAGCUAAAAGUUUUGAGACCUAAAAUAAAUAUCCUAUUCCUGUUAUGACUCAUUUUAAUUAUCUAGAGUUUGUGAUUUAGAAAGAGUUGAUUAAAUAUCUCUGGAUGCA